AUGGCCAGGUGCACUUUGAUCUGCGCAGCGCUGGACAAGGCCACAUCCGACGCGGACAUGGCGGACGCAGCGAUGCCGGAGGUUCAUCAGCAAAGCUGGACCCCACACAGGGCACAGAAUCUGCUAGGAGAAGACCUGGAGUCGGUGCUGGACGGAGCGCUGCAAUCGAAGGCCCCGGAAGAUGGGCAGAAUUUGCUCACCUACGCUGCCGCUCAGGGCAGGGAUGCGUGGUUUUUGUUCAUCGCCGGCAAGAUAAGGUCUAAGAUGGGGGUCCGCGCACUGGCCAAGGAGCUACGGGAACUAGACAUCGACCGGGCUCCUCUUUUGUUCAACGCGGCUGCCAGCCGAGGUGAAAAAUCGUGUUUUCGAACGGCGCACGAUCUCGUCUACAAGGCCCUCGGGAAAGGCGGGUUGUUAGAGCAGCUCGGAGCUGUCGACGGCGAGGGUAGAACGAUGUUGAUGCACGCGGCACGGAGCAACAAUAGUGACGCUUAUGACGAAAUUGUGGGCAUUUACUUCAAGGUCGUCCCUCUCACGUCUUCUGGCUAUACCGAGAAAGACCACAAGGGCAUGAACUGUCUCCACCACGCCGCGGAAGCGGGGUGUAGCGAGGUGCUGGGCAAGGUGAUUAAAAAGUACAGCGAUGCGGGAGGGUCGUCAUAUGCUGAGAGAGACAACAACAACCGAACCCCUGUGAUGUGCGUCUUGAGCGACGCCAGCCGGGAGGAGCGCGCCGAUGACAGUCUACGAGAUAAGUUCACCCUGCUGUACAGCAACAUGUCCACAACUUGCGGUGAACAAGACGAGAAGGUGUGCACUCAUGACGGGGGACACGCCAAGCAAGGGUGGAUGGAGAUGACGGAUGUGCCCACGCAGCAAAUAUCGAGAAGUGAGGAGAUCAGUAAGGCGCGAGGGGUGACGGAGUUGAUGCAUGCUGCACGAGGCGGGUUGGUGUCUUUGGAGCUCGCUCUCAACGAGCCUCUGCCCUCGUCUAGACUAGAGGAUGGUUCGAUAAGCCUCGACGGAGCGCUCAAUGUCGAGGCUUGUGACGAGCCUGCUUCGGACGAGCCAAGAUGGGAACCGCAGCCUGCCUGGGGGAAAGGGUUGCUGCUAGCGGCGGCCGCCGAGCGGGGCGACAUUGAUGUGCUUCACGUUGUCCUCACCGCCAUUAAGGACAACAAGUUCACCAAGGAACCGAACACCGACAGAUUCACCCUGCGUAAGCAAGAGAGUCGCCUCGCAGAGUUGCCGUAUGGCGAUGGCGAGAAAGUGAGGACAGUUGUGCGAGAGAUGAGCAAAGGCGGGAAAUCCCUGUUUUCGGAAGCCAUCUUAUCCGGGCAGACGGUUGCCGUCAAGCACGUGUAUCGCCUAAUCGUCAAGCUUUUUGGCAAAACCCACCCCGAGACCUGGGCUAUCCUGACCGGGAGAGACUUUAAUAGCGGUAAAGUCGCCGAGGCCAGCCCUCUCGCGUGCGCGGCGUCGGCGUCUAUGGAGCCAUGUGACCACGGGCGCGACACGUUCGACUUGGUAUACUCCUACCUUCAAACGCACGCGCCGGACGAAAAGAAGUUGCGGAUCCAACUGGUACCGCAGCCACCGCCGCUGGAUUUGACGGCGAAGACACAGAUUUCGCCUCUAGUGGGGGCUGCGUUCAGCAGUAAUUGGAUCCUGUUCUGGAGGGUCUACGACACCUACACAACGCUGGCCAAAAAGCCUUGGUUACGCACAAAUGCUCUGAGGCGGGCAACUUCGGACAAGUCUGGGGGCGAGGAGUUAAUGUCCUGGAGGGAAUACUUGAGGGCCUAUUCCUCGAGGGCAGUUCACGUGGCGUCUGAGCGAGGAGCCUUCACUGAUCUCAGGGACUUGGUCAAGGAGGGAUUUCCUCUCCACGAUGACCACAUUCCAGCUCUCCUGGUUAGUAUAGGGGAUCAUGAGCAGGAUAUCAUCGAGACCGUUCUUUUCGCCGUGGCGAACGCGAGCAACCCGUUCGGGAUGGCAGCUGGGGUAUCCAGAUUCCUUAGGCGGGCGAGAGUGGACCACCCCAUGCACCAAAGAGGACUCCGUCGCCUUCAAACCAGAAUCGACCGUUUUACCCUUGAGCAAUGGAUGCUGGAACCUUCUCUUCUGGUUGAGAAAAUCAACAAGGCCAAGAAGUACCGUGGACCAGUGUACAAGGAUCCUCUACAAAGCGCGUUGGACAGAGGCUCGGACGCUUUGGAAUUCCUCUUCUCCCCGCUGGUGCUGGACUACGUUCACGUGAAGUUCGCGGGCACUCUCCCACACUGGUCGUCUCGCAACCCUUUCCAACCCACCAUCAACGAAGGGCUUUACAAGUACGACAAUUUCGAAGUCUACGAUCUGGCCAAGCUUCUCCGAGGUUCUAAGAAUGAUCAGGCCACAGGCAGGACCGCCCCAAGCGGAGCAUCCUCGGCAUCGACGGGAUCAACGAACCGGGGUUCUUUCCUCUGGCGGUCGCCCGGGAGCAUCAUGUCCUUCCUCUUGCGGUUUUUGCAGGGUUGGGACCACCCGCGCAGCAACGACCAGAGCGUGUGGUCCAUUCCGCACCUCACGAUACUUCCAGGGCUGCAAUUUUCGCUGGCUGGGAUCCUUGGAAAGCCGGAGACAUUCUUCAAGGUCCCCGUGAUCCGCUUCGUCUACGAGAUCUUCAGCUAUCUGGUGAUGCUGGUGCUGUUCUGUUCUUCGGUGCUGCUCAAGGAGCCCGAUUUCAUUCCGCGAGACGAAGUCAUCUUCUACAUCUUCGCAGCGGGCCUACUGUGGCGAGAGGUGCUGGAAUUUCUAGACGGGGUGCCGACCCGCCGCCACAGAACCUCAGGCGGUCCGCGAACCGAAGAGGGCGGCCGUGUGGAGCCCGGCAUCAGCCAUCUUGGAGCCGGGAGCAACUUCAAUCGGAUGGUAUCGGCGUUCACCAGGUACGUGUUCUACGAUACGUGGAACUUUAUGGACACGUCAACAAUCUGCUGCAUCUUCGUCGCCUUCAUAUUCCGGAUGAUAGCCCGCUUCGACAGCGAGUUCGAUCUCUUCUACGCUCAGUUCUUCUAUGCCCUCAGCGCGCCUCUCCUCUUCUCGAGGCUUCUGGUGCUGUCGCAAAUCGACGCCACCCUGGGACCGAUGACUCAGGUGAUCUGGAGGAUGAUGUCGCACAUGCUUCGAUUCUCUGCGUUCAUUGCGAUGGUCAUGCUGAGCUUCGCCCUGGCGUUUCACGCGGUGUUUCACACGUGCGGGGAGCACAGCGAGCCUCAGUGCACCCUCGAUGAUGAUGAUGCGUUCCCCCUUCGCGACGCCUUCGGGACAUUCGGAGAUUCGCUGCUAACUGUGUUUUCGUCGGCUUUGGGGGGACCGGAGUUCGACCUGUUCGAUGACGCGGGUAGCGACUGCAGGUGCAACCUCCCAAGAGGCGCCCGCAGCGCUGGGAUAUCGAUGAUGGUGGUGUAUACCAUCACGAUGUCCGUGGUUUUGCUCAAUCUCCUGAUCGCCGUUCUCAGCACUGCGCACGACGAGGUAUACGUCAACGCCGAGAAGGAAUUCCACCUCGCCAGGGCGCGUCUGGUCGUGCAGAGCGCGCGAAGUGUCGCGCACCGCCGACCGCCACCCCCGCUCAACCUGGUUAAGCUCGGUUUUGGUGUUCUGAUCGAUGUGUUCACCGAAAUAUGGCGGUUCAUCCUGUGGGCAAGGUCGUUGCGCAGCCGGUGCCUCGAUUGGUGA